AUGCCCGAGCCACAGAUCAUUCGUUGGGGCAUCAUUGCCACUGGAGGCAUCGCAAAAGCAUUCGGAAAGGAUCUUUCGGUCGACCCCUCCACGCGCAAUGUGAAGGACAUUCGCCAUGAACUGGUUGCUGCCGCAUCUUCGUCGUCAAAAUCGAGGGCGGAAUCAUUUUUAAGAGAAUGCGGUGCGCCAGAGCACGCAAUCGCCUACUCGUCUUAUUCAGAGCUCGCUCAGGAUCCGAGGGUCGAUGUAAUCUACAUCGCGACGCCCCAUUCGCACCACUACCAGAACGCCAUGAUGUGUUUGGAGGCCGGAAAGAACGUCCUCUGUGAGAAGGCGUUCACAGUCAACGCCAAGCAAGCUCGAGCUUUGGCCGCAAAGGCCAAGGAGAAGAACCUCCUCCUGAUGGAAGGGAUGUGGACGCGGUACUUCCCUUUGUCCAUCUACGUUCGCGAGUUGGUCACUUCGGGCCGACUUGGACCAGUUGAACGCGUCUUGGCCGAACACAGCCUACCUUACGCAGGGCUGUUCGAUAAUGAUGAUCACAUCAUGAUCAACCCUCGUCUUGCCGGUGGAAUCCUUCUAGACGGAGGGAUCUACAGUUUGACUUGGGCUUUCCAGACGCUGUACCACACGCAGCCGGCCAAUUCUAGACAGCGGCCUAUCGUCAACAGCGCCGCUGCCAAUUGCCUCAACGUCUUUGGGGUUGUCUAA